AUGAGCGCCAUUAAAAUUUUCCAAAGGCUGGUGACCAAGGGCAGACUUUCUCCCCACAAAGUGCUCCAAAAUGCAGCAACGAGGAAAUUUACAAGUGAAGGAAAAAAAAUUUGGUACAGUGGACCCAAAGAUACAUACAUAAACUCCGGAUUCGAGCUGAAAAAUGAAGACACAGAAAAACUAAUAGAAUUAUUGAAGGAGAGUCUAAAGUUAAAGUUACUCUCUUGUACAUAUUGUUCGGAAGAAAUUGCUAAACAUUAUUUAGAGCUAGCCAUUAUGGAACAUAAAAAUUUGCUACUAAACGAUUCCAAAAAUCACUAUUUAAAAAGUUUCGAAAUAUAUAAAAAAAUUUUUGGAGAAUUAAGUAUCAUGUGUGCAAACAUACAGACGUAUUUAGGCGUUGUACACAAAGAUCUGGGAGACCUAAAAAAGGCAGAAGAGUUUUUGCAAUUAUCGCUAGCUAAUAAAAGGUUAAUAAUUAAGAAGGAUAAUUAUUUAAUUAUCGACACACUGAAUAAUUUGGGCUCUCUGUAUCAGCAUAAAAAAGAGUUUGAAACGUCUAUUGGAUAUUUUGAGGAUUGCAUAAGGAUACUAAUUUCCUCCCCUAUAGAACUGAACAAAAAUGAACAGAUAGCAUUGUGCUAUUAUAACCUCUCCUUUUCUUACUUAGGGUUAAAUGAUGCUCACUCUGCCAUCACCUGUUUAAUCCGGUCCUACUCUGUUGCGGAAGAAACAUUCGGUCCGGAUCACACCUUGACCGUUCGGAUUAGGGAGCUGCGAAAUAGGUUGGAGCGGGAGCUAGAGGAGGCAAAGUGA